AAGCAUAACUUCCAUCGAAGGGGGUGAAAAACGAAGAAACAGAGUUGAAGAAGAGGGAUUUGGAGAUUGGGAAAGUUGCAAUCUAAUAAUGGAAAGAACUGUUGAUGAUUCGAACGUUAGGAGCCGAAAUAGAAAUGUGGAGUAGCAGACGGAGAACAAUCUGCUUGAAUUUCUUAAACUCAAAGCUCUUGAUUCUUCGUCGGUUGCGGAUUUCCGUCUCUAUUUCGAGCUAGCUGAAUUCCAGACUGCAAAACACACUGAGAAACGUUUUGCAAUAAACGAUUCGUUUCUGCUUUUCUGGUAUGCUCUUUCACUGUGAAUUUCGCCGCCCCAUUGCGUAAAAAGGGGUUUUAUGGGCUAUGGGAUGAAGGAUGAUCUCAAUUGGCCUUCGAGUCCCCAAAAGUGUGUUCUCUUUUUGUUCACCAAGUUUUAGUACGUGUCUAUCUCCUUCUAUUAUCGCCCAUGUGUCAUCCAAUUGCAAUGCUAUGUGCUUAGGCACCUGGGUUGUCUUCACUCCGUCGAGAUUUGUUUUGUUUCUUCUUUAUGCAUCCGUUCUACCAGUUUUGUUGAAAGAUUUUGUUGAAUUAGUUCCCGUAAAGCUUCAUUUGAGCCAUUUGAGCUAAUGCAUGUUCCCCUUUGUGAGCGUUUUGUUGGGUGUUUGAUAAAUUUAAGCUUAUUUUUCCCAUAUCCGUCUAGUCCCAAAAGGUAUUGAGACCCGGCUACUGGGGUUCUUGGAACCGAGUUUUUGUCUUCUUGACCGAUCCUAACUUUCCCCAGUUAAGUAUUCGAAUGUUCUGUUUCCAUACGGUGUUGUAUUCUUAAUCUUUUGGUGCUCCUGGGUGUACUGUAGAGUGUGAGUGAGCGCUGAAAUGAAAGUCCAUCCGGAAGAACAAACUGUAUUUGAGGUAUGCUUGGUAGUUCCGAAAAGGAAAACGAAGAAAGAAGAUGCCACUUGUGACUGUGUGGAGGUGCUUGAAAAUUCGUUUCGUAAGGUGGGUUUUAUCGUUGAGAGAAUUGAUGGGGUCACUGACGAGUUCAUGAAGUUGGCUGCUCCUCUGGAGGUAUUAGGAAAGGCUGCUGCACGCCUAGAAAUGAAGAAGAGGACUCAUAUUGGUAUGGAUUUGCUUUUUGAACUGGACGAGGUUGAUGCUUUUGUGAGACAGCCCGAUGGUUCACUCUUCAGUUGGAGUGAGCGAUUUCGUUGCUAUGAUCACUUGAUAUAUGGGAUUGUAAAUGAGAAUCAGUCAGCUGUAACUCUUAAAUGUGAUGAAGAAGAAUUUCAGUGGAAGAUUGGGGAGAGUUUGGUCCGUACAUUGGAAUCCAAGAAAAUUGUUAAACAAAUAUUUCCUCUGCACGAUGAAAUAAGGAGGAAGAAGCUCCUUGGAAAUUGGGCACUUAACUGGUGGAACUUGACCGGCCAGCCUAUUGAUGAGGUGUAUUCAUAUUUUGGUGCAAAGAUUGCACUCUACUUUGCAUUCCUUGGAAUGUAUACACAAUGGAUGCUAUUUCCAGCUGCACUUGGGCUUAUACUUCAGUUAGUUGAGUUUGGGUCCUUGCGAUUACUGGUCCUCCCUAUUUUCUUUAUAAGCAUUAUUUUAUGGGCUAUCAUGUUUUCCCAGUUCUGGAAACGGAAAAACUCUGCCCUUAUCGCCAGAUGGCAGAUCAAUUAUACAUUUGGAGGUGAUCCAGGUUAUAGACUCUCAGGCGUGGAUUGUACCUCCCUACAAGUACCUGUAGAGCUCAUAAAAGAUCAAGAAAUGGAUAAAAGAAAAGAGAAGGAAGCAUUUCAAAAAAUUGAAUGGUUUGGUCGACUUAGGCGAGUCAGAAAUGAUGCAAUUGUCAUCUUGAGCAUUAUAUGCCUCCAGUUGCCUUUUGAGUUGGCAUAUGCUCAUUGUUAUGAGGUUAUUCAGUCGGAUGUUAUCAAGUUUGGGUUGACUGUCUUGUACCUUUUUGCCAUUCAAUAUUUCACGCGAUUGGGAGCUAAGAUGUCCGUGAAGCUCAUUAACUGUGAAAACUAUGAUAACAAUGAAAAAAGGGCUGAUAGUUUGGUUUACAAGGUUUUUGGUCUUUAUUUUAUGCAAUCCUAUAUUGGAGUCUUCUACCAUGCCCUUCUGCACCGCAACUUUACAACUCUUCGUCAAGUUCUAGUACAACGCCUCCUUAUAUCUGAGGUGUUGGAAAAUGUGUUGGAAAAUUCUCUACCUUAUCUCAAGUACAGCUAUAGAAAAUACAAAGUUCGGAGCAAGAAAAGACUUGAAAAAGGAUCACCUCAAGGGAAAAUCCUGUUCACUUCUCGGGCGGAGAAAGAAUACCUGAAACCUUCUUAUUCUGCGAGCAUUGGCGUUGAGUUAGAAGAUGGGCUUUUUGAUGAUUGUUUGGAGUUAGCGUUGCAGUUCGGAAUGAUAAUGAUGUUUGCUUCUGCAUUCCCUCUUGCAUUUGCAUUUGCUGCAUUGAACAACAUCGCAGAAAUAAGAACAGAUGCUCUGAAACUGCUAGCUAUAUACAAAAGACCCUUUCCCCGUGCAGCAACCACAAUUGGUGCUUGGCUCAACAUUUUUCAGUUUCUGAUAGUGAUGUCCAUAUGCACCAACUGCGCACUUCUUGUAUGGUUAUAUGAUCAGGAAGGGAAAUGGAAGAUUGAACCUGGACUUGCAGCCAUUCUAGUUAUGGAACAUGUUCUCCUUUUGCUCAAGUUUGGCUUCUCUCGUUUAGUACCGGAGGAACCUGCAUGGGUUAAAGCCAAUCGUGUGAAGAAAGCCGCACAGGCGCAGGACAUUUAUUCAAAACAAUUGUUAAGAACCAUAUCAGGUGGAGAAAAAGCUCUAAACAAUGUAAAGAAAACUGAGUAGAAAGAAGAAGGUCUUCACACAAAAACAAACCCCAUGUUGGAAAUUUAUCAAACAUGAAAACUUCAUCUGGUCAAUUAGUGACGCCUGCUUCCAAAGCGAUUGCUUACUGUUCGGGCAUAAGCCACCACGGCUUUAGCCCAUUUUCUGAUUGCAUCCUUCAAUUUCUCUGAAUCCAUCUCUUUCAAAGACUUUCCAUAUUCCAUUGGUAGCUCUGGGGAUGAAAAACAGAGAUCGAAAGAUCGCCUGCGCUUUCUGGCGGCAUCAUGCCUGCCAGGGCGUUUGGCCUCCUCAGCCUUUGUUAGAGAGAAAGACUUCUUCACAGACAUGGUAUGUUUUCUUGGCUGCUCGUCUUGCAGCUAAGGAUUUGGCACAACCUUAGAGACAAGUCUGGUUUGGGGUCAUACUUAUAUGUCGGAGAUGGCAACUAGGACAAGCAACAGAUGCUGCACAAAUGCGUCUUGUAAAGGCACUUUCGUUGACUUGAAACAUUCAAAAUAUGUUGUUUCUUUGUAAAGAAGCUUUGGGUUUGCAAAGCUUGUUGGUUUGUUCUAGUAAUGUCAGCUCUGUUUUACUGUCUAGAAAAUCAUCACGGUCUGGUGAAGUGAUAUGAGAAGUUACUGUUACAUCAACAUUAUUACCAAAAUGAUUGGUACUUGAUCUU